UCAGAUUUUUGCGUCAAUCAAAUUUUUGUGAAAAAUGGAAUAAAUCACAUUAUUAGUUUUCAAUGACAUGAUUUGUUAUUGCAAGUUAUGUCCAAUCCUUCUGCACAAAAAACAGACAGUGACAUGCUCACUACUACUCAAGUAGUAGCAGGCCAGCCCAUACUUAAAGAAGGUAAAAAGCAAACAGUUCUAGAAUCACAUGGCUAUGUUUUGGGGAAAACCAUCGGAUCUGGUUCAUACGCUACGGUGCGGAUGGCACACAGCGAGCGACACAAUAUGAAUGUGGCCGUCAAAAUUGUAAGCAAAUUUUCAGCACCGGCAGAUUACUUGAAGAAAUUUCUUCCGAGAGAAAUCGAAGUUGUAAAAGGGCUGAAACAUCCGAAUUUGAUUCGCUUUCUACAAGCCAUUGAGACUACUCAUCGGGUUUACAUCAUUAUGGAAUACGCAGAGAAUGGUAGCCUUUUGGAAAUUAUUCGUCGAGAUACAUAUAUUGAUGAAACACGAUCGAGAAGAUGGUUUAGACAACUCGUAGAUGCUGUAGACUACUGUCAUGAAAGAGGUGUCGUUCACAGAGAUAUUAAAUGUGAAAAUUUACUAAUUAAUAGUGACUUUGAAAUAAAGUUAUCGGAUUUUGGUUUUGCCAGAGGGCAUAUGAAAGUCAAGAAUGGUCAAGUUCCUCUAAGCGAAACUUUCUGCGGGAGUUACGCUUAUGCUUCACCCGAAAUUUUAAAAGGGAUACCUUAUCAACCCCAAUAUUCCGACAUUUGGUCGAUGGGAGUUGUACUAUUUGCUAUGGUUUAUGGUCGAUUACCGUUUGAUGACACCAACUACAGGGACUUAGUUAAGCAAGUGACAAAUAAAGUGAUAUUUCCUAAGGAGCCGAAAGUAUCCUUGAUGUGCAAAUCUCUAAUAAACAAGAUUUUAGCACCACUUAAGGCUAGAAUAAGAAUUCCUGGUAUUAAAACAGAUCCUUGGUAUAUUUUUAAUGUGAACGAGAGUGGUCAAGGAAGCAAGGAAAGAAAUGACCCUGAUCGUGCAAGUCGUCCUGUGAAUAGCAGUGCUGGGUCUAUACCUGCUGCAAGAGAAGCUCGAGAAAUUUCAUAAAACACAGACUGAAUCGAUGUUUUACAAGAAAAAAUUUAAACAAUAAAAACGAAAAACAUCAAAAAAGA